UUGUAGAGUCUUUUUAAACACCAAAAGUUAUUUAGAAAUGAUUACCAUGAUUUCUAUGAUAUAAGUGAUCUAUUACGAUAAAAAUGCAAAAAAAAUUAGCUUUUUUAAUAAAUUUACUGUAAAUAUGUCAGUAUGUGUUUAGCGUUGAUAAUGGUAACAUUGUUUCCGAAAUACGUAUACUCGACUUUUCAUUAAUUUUUUGUGGCUUUGAGUUGAAUAUUUUUAAUAUUUUUUAGUUUUUUAAAUUAAUAAUAUUUUAUAUGUAGUUUUAAUUUUACUUAAUUAAUUAGCCACAAGUGAUCAAUUUUUAUUAUACUGUAAAUAGUUAUUAUAAAAUUUCCUGAUUGCAUAUUAAUCUUAACAAUACAAUAUUUUCUAUUAAAUGAUGUCAAUUUCAAACUUGCAAGUUAAGCUAAAAGUUAUGUUCAUCAAACAUUACUUAGUAAUUGAUCUAUCGAGUGAAAAUUUACCAAAUUUAUUAUGCCCGACUAUCAGUUAUCUACACUUUCCGAUAUUCUAUGGAGCAUAAUCAAUGUGUACAAACAACGAUUAUGUAACUUUUUAGAGUUUGCUCAAAAUGCCACUGAUGUAAAUGAAAUACGAGAUUAUGUGAUGACCACGGCUAGAGAGGAGAUGGCUAAUGUCUCAAAAGAGAUGAUUUGGAUUGGUAUAGUACUAAACUAUGCUGAGUUUGUAAUCAGAGAACUCCACGGCAAAAGCCGCACGGUAAAAAACAUCAUGAAGCAAACAGCAAUAGUGAAAUCACUUCUUGGGAAGACUCAGAUUCAUUUGUGUAUUGAAUAAUCGGUGAUGACUUUUAUGGCAAAGCAAACAAAAUUCAGAUUUGUUUGCUAGACUUGACACUUCAGAAUUGCCGAGUAAUCAUCCGUGUUGUUUAAACGCUAAUAAGAAGAUGUCUGGUUUGUAUAGCGGCGAAGCACGAGAAAUAUCUAUAUUUGAUUUCAUUAGUCUCAGACCGAAAUUUUAUGGAUUUUUGACUUGGAAGCAAAUGAGAAAUGCAAAGCGAAAAGCAUAAGAGGACUCGUUAUCAAAAAUCAUCUCACAGUUGAUCACCUGAAAUUUGUACGCUGAAGAAGAGCCGACAGUAAGCGACGUUUACGCUACAGCGAUUACGUGUGUUGCAAUGGAUGUAAACAACAUUCAUGGAAGUGACGCACACCCUUAUUGUCCUGUUGUGAGGUACACGACUUAUACGCCAUAUAGAGAAAAUGUGUCAAUUGGAUCAUUUCAACAUCAAAUAUAUACCAUUAAAACUAUAAAAAUGACCUUAAACCAUUUAGAUGAUAAGUGGUUUAUAUUUGAAGACCUAACUACUACCUAUGCUUAUGGACAUUAUAAAUUAGAAUAUAUACACUCUUAUUAUUUAUUAUUAAAACUAUAUGCUAGUUGAUUAAUAUUAUUUUUAGAAAUAACAACAAUGAUGAAACUUAAGAUUUGUG